AUGCAUAAGGCCAUCAUUCUCGCUAUCGACAAGGCCCUCGAGGCCGCUUUCCAGGAUGAGAAAGACAAGGAGUGGCAUUCCUUCGUUGCAUACGAAUUCAUUUGGCCCAUGAUGAUUGGAAUUGCGACAUCGUACAUCAUUGGUCCAGAAUUUGGACGUGAUCCUGUAUAUGUUCAACGUUGCGUUGACUUCUGUGGUCAAGCGAGUGGGUUUCGUGACCUUCGUGGCAUGUACCCAGAAGCAUUUCGUCCGCUUCUCUGGCAGUUCUCGCGGUGCGGGCGACGUUUGCAGUCCACUAUCGCGAGCAGCAAGAAACAGUUGAUGCCCGAAAUUCGCCAGCGGAUCGCGUGCGCGCGGGCUGGAAAGCUCCCUCAAAGCGAUGAUCACACUUUGAUUGAUGCAACCAUUGCAAUCAAGAUGAAAAAUGGAGGGAUUGGGCGGGCAGUUGCGCUGGCAACUGAAGAAAAGAAGGUUAGUGUCCUCGCUGGAGAUUGUUUGCUGAGUGCCCUUGAGAUCGCAUUCCCUAUCGCCGCAUAUGUUAUCGGGAUGAUAAACUAUGCCGUUGCCGACCCUGCAUAUGCAGAUGUGCUGCGGAGCGAGAUUCGCUCCGCGCUGCAUUCCACAGGGGGCGAAUGGCCCAUGGACGUCCUGGAUCGGAUGCCCCGGCUAGAAAGCUUUGCCCGAGAAACCGUUCGGUGUGAUACAACUUCGGUGUUUACGGCGACGCGCCGCCUCCAGCAGCCAGUCCAUCUUGACAGUAUUGGUCGGACUUUGGAUCGCGGUAGUUUCGUCGCCAUGCCCGCGCAGUGGUUCCACCAGGACCCUAACAUCUAUGCUAAUCCCGAUCGCUUCGACCCAUGUCGAUUCUAUGACCAUAAUACCCGCCGUUGUCAUCCCCGUGCGGCGACGGCUGACCCGAACUUCUUGCCCUUCGGCUAUGGGGCUGAAAUGUGUCCUGGACGAGGAUUAGGUAUGCGCCAGGCACAGCUUGCCUUUGCUAAGAUCCUUAUUGCCUUUGAUUUGGAUUCGUAUCCUGUGCGUGGUGUGAAGGUCCAAAAUAGAACAGUAGGUGCCGCGGUAACUCUUGACCGGGAGUUAAAAUUACAGUGGAGGAGACGUAGCAUCAGUUGA